ACUCAAAGCGGUACACUCGUGCGUUGUUGAGAACUGUCAACAUCACUGAGACAACAUUAAUAUAUAAUAUUCCCAAGACUACUAACAAGACUUUUGGAGCCUUUGCUAAUCUCCAAAGAUUUUACGCACCAUCUUUUCAUUAUCCUUGGAAACUACAACAUCAGCCAAUAUGAAGGUUCUCGGACCUACCUGCGCACUGAAGAGCAAGGAAGGAGGCAAGGACAUGGUGCGGUGCCUAUCCGACCAGAGCCUUUCCAUCUCCAAAUGUAAGAUCCCGCUGCUGGACGAGCAGAUGACCGUGUUUCUGCAGGACAUGAACAGUUGUUAUAGCAAGCUGAAGGAGCUGGUCCCCACUCUGCCUACCAACAAGAAGGCCAGCAAGGUGGAGAUCCUCCAACACGUCAUUGACUACAUAUGGGACCUGCAGGUCGAGCUGGACGAGCCGGAGAAGAACCGUCAACAGAGCAGCGUGCCGCGCACACCCCUGACAACGCUGAACGCAGAGCUGGCCAGUAUCACUGUCGAGAAUGGAUGCUCGGAUGACAGAAUCAUGUGCCGCUAGACCUCUCGGAGUAUCGCCCCAUCAUUCCAGAGCGACCACCACGAUGAAUGAACAAGGUUACAUUAUGUGACAUUUGAUCACGACCAAACCUUGAGCCAAGUAGGGAAGUUGCAAACUCCCAUGCUAGAAAAUACUUUCGAUGAGACAUUCUAAAGAAGCGAGGAACUGUCACUCAAGGCAUUCGAUCCAUUCCGAGGUCUCUGAUCUCAUGGAGACGAGUGGGUCCGAAUAGACUGUGUUAACCAGGCGACCAUGGCAGUUAGUGCAAACAGCUUCGCCUGUUGUUGUGUAGUUGCUCAAGAAAGUCAAAGUUUCUGUUACGUUUUUGUAUCUUGUGAAACAUGUAGAAAUUCCACAUUUUGUAAAAGAAAAGUAAUUCAUUUUCUCAGAUUCCUGAGCGACAAACUGUAUUGUAUAUUACAAUGUCACACUAUGUGAAAAAAUAUUGUUUUUUUUACAAUGUACCUUAAUGGUGUUUUUAUUAAAACAAGACAAUUAUUUUUAAA